ACGCGGCAUGGGCUUAUAUAAACAAGGAACAGAAACAGGUCGCACUCCGACACCGUUCCCGGAAUCGCGACUUCACUCUGAUGCCUUAAUACAAUCCCAAGCAAUCCACAGAGUUGGUUUGUGUAUCAAUUGUGACCCUGUUGUCUCCAUUGUCACGGUUUUCGUCGUUGCAGUAUUAUGGAGACUGAAGGUACAGAUGUUUGCAUGGAUAAAGAGCCAGAUCGUGUUAUAACGUAUUCCUCUAGAGGUGGUUCCCAUGCUUCAUCUUGUGAAGAUAGCCUCAGUCAUCAGGAUGUCAUGGAGUCAUUUUGCGAAAUAAAUGGGGAUCACGAUAUCAACAAUUCAGAAGAGGGAAGUGAAUCAAAGGAAUAUGAAGUGAAGGAAUGUACAAAUGAAAAAUCAAUCAAGAUUCCUGAAAUGCACCCUUCAAAGAAACCAGGCCAACAGAAAAAUGUGGUUAGCAGGUUGACUAAUGAAAAAGAGAGACUGGAGGAGAAGGUACAAGAAGGAAAGAACGAUGAGAAAUUACUGUUAACUGUGAAUUCAUUGAAAUCUUCUGCUGGAAAUGCUCGUUCAAGACAUACUGUUCCACAGCCAUUUGCCUUGGCAACGGAGAAGCGUGCUUCAUCGGGUACUCGACUUCCCAGCGCUAUCACCACUGAAAAAUCUACCAAAAACAAUAUUCGGCCUGCAAAGACCAAAUCAAAUCAGCCCACAUCUCCUAGGGUGUUGAGGAAGCCACUGCAACCUAAUAACAAGAAGCAUGCUGACGAGGAAGAUUCCUGCUCUGCGGUUUCCGUUAGCAGUGCAGCAUCAACUCGGGCUAUCAAGACCAGAAUUACUGUUGCAUCAGUUCCUGCAUUGAGGUGCACAGAGCGUGCAGAGAAAAGGAAGGAGUUUAAUUCGAAAUUGGAGGAAAAACUCCAGGCUCUGGUGGCUGAGAAGACCGAGUGUGAGACGAAGUCCAAGGAAGAGACUGAGGCCGCUAUCAAACAACUAAGAAAGAGUUUAUUAUUCAAAGCAAAUCCAAUGCCAAGCUUCUACCACGAUGGGCCUCCUGCCAAGGCUGAGCUGAAAAAGCUCCCACCAACUCGUGCAAGGUCACCUAAACUUGGCCGACGUAAGAGUUGCAACAAUGCGGUUCUAUCCAAUGGAGACAAGAUAAAAUUCAGUCAUGGCAAGGGAAAUGGCCAUCGUACCGACAGUUCCAACAGAGAUACUAUUGCAUUGGAUGUCACUGAGAAUCGGAGCAAUGUCAUUCGCUUUGUAGAAAACGAGCUGAAGCAAGGAGAAGCCUUUUGCGAGGUGAUUUCUAUUGAUGUAAAUGGUCCAAACAAUACAAAUAUUUCUGUCCAGUCUUAAGUUGGUGACGAACUUCCAAGUCUCUUCUACCAUGCUUUACCUCUACCAUUUUCAAGAGUUCGUUGCAGUGGUUUAUGUAAUUUAUGAAAUGUAAAUUUCUGUAAUUUAUAUUGUUUGUUUAUGUGGAAGCUUUUUACUUCCAGAUCAAAUAAUUUUCUUCUAAGGGCCCUCCCCCUGACAGAAAAAAGGAACCAGAAAGAAGCAGAUCUACUCUACUAAGAUGUGGUUCGAGCUAUUGUUUCCUUUGUUACUUUUGUACGUAAAUUACACAUUGACCAUUCUUGUUUCAUAGACUUCGAUCUGAAAAUAAAAGUGGAUACUGUUCCUGUGGCUUUA